AUGUUCCAGAAAAUUCAAGAGUUUAUUGACGACAAACAAGCUUUAGUUUGCGUUCUUAUCGACGAGAUAAACUUUGUUGAAAGUUUAACAUCGGCAAGAAAAUCUGCGUUGAACGAACAAGAACCUUCAGAUGCCAUUCGUGUUGUGAAUGCAUUUCUCACUCAAAUUGACCAUAUGAAAAUACAUCCUAAUAUAAUUAUAUUGACAACAUCGAACAUAACUGGAGCCAUAGACGUUGCAUUCGUGGACAGAGCCGACAUCAAACAGUAUAUUGGUCUGCCAUCAGCCAAAGCUAUUUACAAAAUUUACCAUUCUUGCAUCAAGGAACUUGUAAGGGUAGGGUAUUCAAUGUUUUUACCACAGGAUACGAAAAUAUAGUUGAAACA